CAAAGAAUGUAUGUGAUAACUUGAAUGUAUUGGUGAUUGCUUGAAGAAUAUAUCUGAGUAUUACUGACGGCUCAGAUGGUAUAUUAGUGAUUGUCCAAAGCGUAUAUGUUAGUGAUUGCUCAGAGUCUUAGUGGUUGCUCAAAAAGUAUUAGUGAUUGCUCAAAAUAAACAAUGUAUCGGUGACUGUUCAGAAUCAAUACAGAUGCUUUAGGGAUACUUUUAAUCACUGGUCAAAACCUGUUGACUGGAUGCUUAAAAAAUGUGACCCAUCUUUUCUUAUGUAUGCUGAAAACUAUCUUUUCUUAUGUUCAUUGUGAAAACUGGAUUAAUAUGACAUCUUUUCAUAUAUACACUGUGAAAACUGGAUUAAUAUGACCUGUCUUUUCUUAUGUACGCUGUGAAAACUGGAUUAAUAUGACCUAUCUUUUCUUAUGUACGCUGUGAAAACUGGAUUAAUAUGACCUAUCUUUUCUUAUGUACUGUGAAAACUGGAUUAAUAUGACCUAUCUUUUCUUAUGUACACUGUGAAAACUGGAUUAAUAUGACCUAUCUUUUCUUAUGCACACUGUGAUGCUGAUUCGUAAUUGUACUGACUGUGAUACUGUGAUGAACACACUCUACAUUUUCUCAUCAUAAACUGCUGCUGUUACUUUGUUGAUGUAUUAUAUUCUAGACUUGCAAUACAUGGUAUGAUGCACUGACUGCAUAGGAUGAAUAUUUGCUAACUCGCUCUUGUGUUACAACUGACGAUGCAACUUUGUUGAAGUAAUAUUCUCGAUACAUAAUAUGUCGCCGUGACUCUGCUGACUAUAUAUUCACUACCUGUUCUUGUGGUACACUCGACUGUUGAAGUAAUAUUCUCUACUUGCGAUACAUGUUAUGACGCUGUGACGGAACUGACUAUAUAUUCAUGGUGCAUGGAGUGAUGGAUCAACUCCCGCGAAUGAGGAGCACGCUGUCCCAGGCCGGAGUUCCCCUCAGUGACAAGAUCCUCGAACACGUCCUGAUCUCUGUGAAUGGAUUAGAAAUCCUCUGUCUAAUGGUCGACCGUAUGGGAGAAGGGUUCAAGCCUCAUGUAACAUCAGUUUUACCAUCAGUGAUAGACAGACUGGGUGAUACAAAAGACCAGGUCAGGAAUCAGGCUCAGUCGUUGUUGCUGAAACUUAUGUUACCAGCUACUUCGCCUCAGUAUGUCUUUGAUAGAAUGACCAUGGCAUUUUCCCACAAGCAGUGGCGUGUUCGAGAAGGCAUUCUUGUAUGUCUUCAAAAUACCAUCAAUAGAUAUGGUGCCCGGUGUUUAAGCCUCCAUAAACUUACACCCAAUAUAUGUAAUUUGCUGGAUGACUCGACACCUCAGGUCCGGGAAGCUGCUUUGGACACUCUGGCGGAAAUGUAUCGGCAUGUCGGAGACAGAUUACCUCAGGAUCUCGGGAAGAGAAACUUGUCAAGUGCUAGAAUGAAAGCUAUAAAUGCUAGGUUCGAAGAACAGAGACAGUCAGGAAACAUGCUUCCCACGGCUGAUUUACCUCCCCCUGUGCGGAGUGACAGUCGUGGUGCUAGGGAUUCCUCAACGGAAGAUGAACCAGACUCGGUGAAACCACAUACAUUCGCGAAACCGCUGACAACCAAAGUGUUUCAGACCAAAAAGACUCCCAGCCGACCGCAAACUUCCACCUCCUCUUCCAAGUCAGGCCCAGCGCGGACUCAGUGUGUGGGGGCUGUAGGAAACCGCCCAAAAUCAGCCACUUCCGGGGCUGUUGAUGAAGAGUUUUUUAUGAAAUCUUUUGAAGAUGUGCCCAAGAUCCAGAUCUUUUCGGCGAAGGAUGUUCUCGACCACCUCAAGAAGAUUGAGGCAGUUUUGUCGAAUACCAGCAAUGACUGGGAGAAGAGAAACGAUUCCAUGAUGAUUCUUCGAGCCCUCAUAGUGAACCGGGCCGCAGAUUACGAUGAGUUUAUUCAGUCGCUGCGCAUGCUGGAGAACUGCUUCACAAUUGCCAUAAAAGAUCUUCGCUCACAGGUCGUCAGGGAGGCAUGCAUCACCAUAGCGUAUCUAGCCAAGGAGCUGACGACCCGAUCUGAACAUCUCGUCGAGGUCCUCUUACAGCCGCUGAUAAACCUAAUACCCAACAGUGCUAAGAUUAUGUCCACCUCCGGAAUAGUCUGCAUACGCUUCAUUAUCCAGUUUAUACAUUCCCCAAGACUAAUUCCUGUCAUUGCAAAUAAUACAUCAACAAAGUCUAACGUCUUACGAAGGUAUGCGUUUGAGUACCUGAAUCAGCUUCUCCAGUCAUGGCCGAAGCACAGUCUGGAGCGACACAUAGCCUUGAUUCAGGAGUGUAUCCGGCGGGGCAUCAGUGACGCAGACCUCGAGGCCAGAGUCUUCGCCAGAAAAGCAUUUUGGGGGUUUUCCCAUCACUUCAAGGACCAGGCUGAUUCGUUGCUGAACAAUCUGGACUCUGCUAAGCAGAAGAUGCUACAAGGGGAGCUAAGCACUUCGUCAAGCAAUAACUCUCUGAACAGUGACAGCAGCCUGAAAAUGGCCCGGCCUAAAGUCCGUUCUCGCAGUCAGGACAGAGCCCAGGAAACCAGCACCUUCAGCCGGAAUUCGGCAACGAGAAAAUCGACUGCUGCAAGGAUCAGUACAUCGAAGAGCGAGGCCAGUGGAUCAAGAGGAGGUGUUGGUGGUACAAAAGUUACUGCUAAAACAGCCUAUGUAUCUCCGUACGGACAAACGUAUUUAAUGCGAUCAAGUAGUGCGGUAGACUUGAGCAGCUCACCGGUGAAGUCACGAUCCAAUUCAGUGCAGCAACCAUCACAUCUAGAAAAGGGAUCAUACAGUUCACUCCCCCGCCAGAAAACUAUCGGCAGUGGUAGUAAAAUGAUGUCAAACACUGCGUCCACCGAACGAAGUCGCGCCCACGGCCGCAUCGGCGUGUCGCAGUCGCAGCCAUCCAGUAGAUCGGGAUCACCCUCGUCUCGCUUGACGUACAUGACUCACGGCUCAGGACGGGUUGACCCCAAGACACCAGGUCGCAUACGCAGGUCGGCGAUUCCCCGUAGUCAGGGAGCCAGUCGCGAAGGAAGUCGGGAAGGCAGCCCCAGCAGGCAGAUGUAUGUCCAUGAGAGAAGAUUAAGUGGCAGUAAGGUUCCUGGGCGUGGCAACAAAGGUACUAUUUUGGCCCAGAGAUUAUUGAGACCUGGCUCUGAUGUAGAAGAUGCGCUGUCUGAUGCACUGGCACGUGGUGCGGGGCGGAAACGUUACGAGUAUGACUCUGAUGACGCAGCGAGUGAGACAUCAAGUGUGUGUUCUGAGCGCUCCUACAGCUCGUACAGUGGCCGAACCUCUGAGGAUAUGCAGCAAAUCAUAGCCCAGAUGAGUAGCGGUUCUCACAUAGAGAGAAAGGAGGGAUUAAUUUCAUUACAACAGUUGCUACGGCGACAUCGCAUGCUCAGUCGUGUGGAAUUGAAAAAAGUCACUGAAAUCUUCACAAGAAUGUUCCAUGAUCCUCAACCAAAGGUAUUCAGCAUGUUUCUAGACACGCUCGUUGAGUUGGUGGUUCUACACAGUCGAGAUCUCUCCGAUUGGUUGUACGUUCUACUCACCAGACUCAUCCACAAAUCUGGGUCGGAUAUGCUUGGCUCGGUGCAGACCAAACACCAGAGGGCGCAGGAUGCAGUCAGAGAUAAUUUUCCAACAGACCAUCAGUUCAAUACAAUUGCAAAGUUCAUCGUUGAUCAGACACAGUCCCCAACCUUCAAACACAAGGUGAAGAUAGCCAUGCUAAGUUAUUUGCAUAAUUUAAUUCUGACAAUGGACCCGUCAGAUUUUGUCAGCUCCAUCGACUCACGGUUAGCAGUGUCGCGCAUAAUUACAUGGACCACCGAACCGAAGAGUGUAGAAGUUAGAAAGCAGGCACAGCUAGUUUUAAUGGCCUUGUUCAACUUGAAUCCUCCUGAAUUUUCUCUCAUGUUGUCCGUGAUGCCCAAAACAUUCCAGGAUAGUGCCACGAAGAUUUUACACAGUCACAUCGGAACAAGUGCUAGUACGGGCACUCACGACGUGCUGUCUCCGCGCAACGCAACCAGCCCGCCCAGCGGUCACCAACGGCCGCGACAGCAGCGCUCCAGCCUGAGUUACCCCGAUGACAGCGAGACGGAGAACUUCAACCCGGAGGAUAUUUACACGUCGAUGAAGAAAGUGUCGGCGGACAUUCAGAACCUGAGCAUAAAGAGCAAGCUGGACCACUACAAUGACGUGGAGAAGAAACGGGACUUUACGUCACAGGAUUCGGGCAUUCAGGACCUGCGCAAUGACAGUCCCGACGGGCUGGACGGGGGCAAGAAGAUGUCGCAUUACAACCCAGCACAUUAUCAAGACGAGAACACGUUGAACGAACACAAUAAGUCUUCACUGGCUGAGGCAGGUUUUAACCUCGAGAGCGAUGAAGCUCGAUGGAAAACUUUAGGCUUACGUCAGCCGGAUAUCCCAGAGGACCAAGAUGAUUAUAUAGCAGAAAUACUGUCUGAACUUUCCAACCACAAUCAGAGGAACGAACAGCGCGAGAAGGCGCUGAUGUACCUGAUGAUGUUACCUCAAGAACCCUGGUUCAGUCACUGGGAGGAGCACUUCAAGUCCAUCCUCCUCAUUCUACUAGAGACACUCAGUGACGACGACGGGAACAUCCGCAUGAUUGCGAUAAACGUUUUACGAGAGAUCCUCAAAAUCCGGCCGCAUCUCUUCAAGGAAUACGCAGAGUUGACCAUCCUCCGGAUACUGAAGGCGCACAAGGACCCGGUCUACGAGGUGAAAUGGGCAGCCGAGGCGUGUGGAGAGGAAGUGGCUAGAGCGAUUGCGUCAGAGCAGUGUAUGAGAAUCUUGAAUCCGAUUGGCCAGACUUCAUCGUUUCCUGUCAACUUGGCAGCCAUUAAAAUGCAAAUGACUGUUGCCGAGUUACUGAGUAAGGAACAGAUGGAGAAAAUUCUUCCCGAUAUUGUGCCUGGUUUACUUAAGUCGUUUGAUGACAGGGAGAUCCGUGUGAGGAAGGCGACAGUGUUUUCUCUGGUGGCUAUUUACAACUGUGUUGGCGACGUCAUGCGACCCUACCUCGAGGAGCUGAAAGGACACAGAAUGAAAUUGUUAAAUCUGUACAUCAAGAAGGCCGAAGCUGAGAAAGAAGGCAAACACUCGUCAGACACAGACAGUUUAAAACAUGUCUGACGCAGUGACCGGUACGCUGACCAACACAACCGAGAGACGAAACACUACGUUUAGUGUCUGCAGGACUGUGUGCUACAUCCCAGUGACCAAGUCAUAUCAUUGGAUGAUUUCUAGCCUGCAAGACAAUCAUUGGUCGAUAUUCUAGCCAGCUUCAAUAUCAUUGGAUGGACUCUUUCCCUUCCUCUCUCCUCCUCUCCCCCCCCUCCCCCCUCCCCUAAUGUCGUCUUCAAUGUUCAUUGGUUAAGCUUCUGGAAAAGUCUUGAAUUCCAUUGGAUGAUAUUAUUUUUAUUGAUUUAAAAAAAAAAGACUUGACAUUGUUGCAUGAUGCUAGCCACUAUGCAGAUGGUACAUGUGUGUUGAAGUGCUCACCAGGGUUACCAUGGUGAUUGUAAUGAGAUUUCUUAUCAUCUUGUCAGGAAUUUUUCUCUUCUUCAACUGUUCCUCUGCUGAACUUAGCUUGGAUUCCAAUGAUGUAGCAUUAGUUGAGUCAAGAAUAUUACAGGUAUAUAAACUGACAUAUUUAAAAACUCUGCGACAUUUUUAGCAUGUCUAAGAUUACAAAGCUUGUAUACAUAUUCCCUCUAUUUCAAUAGCUGCUUUUGUUCUGUUGAUAUUUUAGAUUACGUGUUCAGAACAACGGUUGCAGUGAAAAUUAGAAAGAAAAACGUUUUGGAAUUGUGGGCUGUACUUCACGGAUAUUUAGAACGAAGAGAUAGAGAAUUAAUAGUGUUAGUCGAGUCCGAAACGAUGAUAUGGCAGUGUGUGCUCAUCAGUGUCCUAGAAAGGCUUGAACUUAGUCUGGAGAGAGUUGAUUACUACUGGGCUGAGACACAGACGGAUGAGAAAUGGAUAUUAUUGCAAUGGAACAUCUUUGAAUCGGAGAGAACUUGAUGACAGUGUCGACAUUUCACUUAGUUAACUCUAGACAGUGAAUGGGAUAGCUGUAAACAUGUCCGUUGGCGUGUAUACAGAUGAAUUUUAAUCUUUGUCAACCUCGGGUAGUGAGGACACAAAAUGGCUGUCUGUUUAGACGGAGAUGAAUGCAAUCCUUGGCUCAGUGAAUCCAGAUUCAUCGCGAUUUGGUCGUGGAUUUCGUCUUGAGAUGAACUCCAAUUGCAUCUGUACGAAAACUGCAUAUUGUAGUUUUUGAAACUCUUGUUGUUGUAACCAUACAGUGAGAAAACAGUGUGCAGUGUUUUGUUGCUGUUUGUACACUGAAGAGCGCUGUGAGGUGGUGUUGUUACUUAAGGUUUUUUCUCUAGUGUAGACUGACGGUGUGAGGUCCAGUGUGGUUGUGUUGUGGCUGGUUUCACGUCUCAGUUUGUUCUUCGUCUACCGAGUUCUCCCCAUCUAGCUCUAUUGGCCAAAUGCUAUUUUUAAGUCCCCAACCGGUCCAACCAGUGGGGGACUACAGGUUUCGUGUCCAUCUGUUCCUCUGUACUUCUGUCUGUCCCAUAUAUAAUUUUUCACACUUUAAUUGGUCAAUACCUCAAGAUAUUGAGCUGAACUUUUGGACAUAGCUUUAUCAUGUACUGUUACAGAUCAGGUUUCACUUUCGUAGCAAUUUACCCAUUUUUCAGAGUUGGGGCAAUGGAACUUAAGAGAUAUGAACAUUUGUUGAACCCAAUAGGGGACUUGUGUUGCUUUCGCAGUACUCUCAGAAUGCCUCCCCCCACCCUACCCCACUUGCUAUUUUCACGUCUAACUAGACUCAUUAUAACACUUGGGACAGUUCUCUGCUGAAUUCAUAUAGUGGAAGGAUAGAAAAGAAAAUAAUCUACAUAUCUAGAGAGAGUUUAUUGAUCAAUAUAUUAAAGUCAGAGACCCUACUUUCAAUCAGUGAAAAUAGAUAUAAAGUUUGGUUAAUCUAUAAACAAGAAUUUGUGAUGUUAAAAACGGGGAAAAUACUUGUACUCUCUAAAAAUAGCCUAGUUUUUAAACACUACGGCAAACUUUUUACAAUUAGACGGCAUUUCCUCGGUUUCUCCAAUUCAACCAAUCGGAUAUCAACAUUUCGAUCGACUCAAUCAUGAAGACACACCAAAAAGCUGUCUUAAUAACCAGUCGUGUGACCAAAAUUACUUCGACACAAUUGGCCAGACAUCAUGCCAAGAGCUGGCGCGAACACGCAAUGACGCUUGCCCCGCCCAUAUCAAGUAAUGAACCUAUGAAAUGCCGUCUUAAUCGGUUAGAAGGUUUAAGACAUUUCUUCAGAAAUAAGAACGGGCUCCGCCCCUUGUUAUUUCUGAAGAAACGUCUUAAUGUCUUCUGACCUAUACUUAGAACUGCUUUUGAUCAUUGAAAUCGGACACUACUUGGCUUUUAUUGUUUAGGCUAACCAUCUUCAUACAUCCAAAGUGUUUCUGGUCAUCCUGGUGUUUCAAAUACCACGAAAUGCAUUUUUCAUAUUUUUAGGAAUGAGCGUAUCUCUGAGAAGUAAUGGUUAUGGAGACGACUUCUAGUCUACUUUUUAAGAGUAUAGGGUGUAUACCACCAAAUCAAAUCCCAUAGACGACAAUAGUAACAUAUGUGGCUAAAACUCCUAACUGCAGCGUAUCAAUCGACAUAAACGCCACCCCUCACCCUUAAAGUGAAUCAGA